UGCUCACACACACCAGAACCAUAAAAACUUGAGCUGUUGUUUGGUUUCUUCUUGUCAUUGCCACACAUGGGAGAGAUGGCAGAGGGUGUUGCUGAAGCAGGCAAGAAAUGUAUGAGCAUUCCACAGUUGGCAGGUGCUGAAACUCUUCUGUCCAGUGGAGGAAAGGAAGUACCUCUGUCAUCCAUUAACGGGAAGAGAACCUGCCUCUUCUUCUCAGCUCAUUGGUGCAGGCCAUGCAGGAACUUUACCCCAAAGUUACUCCAAAUUUACAAGAAACUCAGGAAUACUGGCAAGAAUAUAGAGAUAAUCUUCAUAUCACUUGACCACGAUGAGAUCAGCUUCUUGGACCACUUCAAAUGCAUGCCAUGGCUUGCCUUACCAUUUAACACUGGCCUAAGGCAAAAGUUAUUCAAGCAAUUUGACAUUGAGCACAUCCCAGCAUUGAUUCCUUUGUCAACAAAGAUAUAUGAUGGAUUUGGAAUUGAAGAGGACGCAGUAAAGCUGGUCGAGGAGUAUGGAGUAGACGCCUACCCCUUCGGUGAAAAGAGGAGACACGAGCUGGAGGGUAUGGAUGAUGCCAGGAGACAAGGAGGUAAUCUUCAGGAACUUCUUGGCUGCAAGGAAAGAAAUUAUGUCAUAAGUGCAGAUGGCAUAAAGAUUCCUAUAUCUGACCUUAAUGGCAAGACAAUUGGCCUGUACUUCGGGGCACACUGGUGCCCACCUUGCCGUACCUUCACUAAGCAGCUCAGGGAGGUGUACAAUGAGCUGAAAACCUUGAGACCUGGAAAUUUCCAGGUUAUAUUCAUUUCCAUGGACCGCAAUGAGGAAGAAUUCCAGGCAAGCCUGACUGAAAUGCCAUGGUUUUCUAUCCCCUAUUCUGACAUAACUAUGCAAGAACUCAGUAGGAUUUUCACUAUCAAAGGCAUCCCAACACUCCUGAUACUUGGACCAGAUGGUAAAGCGUACAAGACAGAUGGAAGGACAGUUAUUUCAAAAUAUGGAGCAAUGGCAUUCCCUUUUACAGAAUCAAGAACUUAUGAGAUGGAGGAAUCUCUCAAAAAGGAAAGAGACAGCCUGCCUCACCGAGUGAGAGAUCAUCGUCACGAGCAUGAGCUUGAGUUGGACAUGACUAAGGCUUUUAUAUGUGAUGAAUGCCAACAGAAAGGGCAAAACUGGGUCUUCUCUUGCAAGCAAUGCAACUUCGAUCUCCACCCAACCUGUGUGCAAGAAAGUACUGACGUAAACAUUUGAGACAUAUGCGUACUUGAAAUAUACUUGACAACAAUGAUGCGUGCAUUUAUUUAUGCAUAUUGUGUUCAACAGAUCUAGUGACGUGGUGAUGAAAAAAACACACUAUUACUAUGGUCUCAACAGAACAGAAGAAACAACUAAGGUUCUGUUUAUUUGUAUGCAAGAUGGACGGAUGGAAAUAAGCAGAUAGAUCUGAACAUUCCAAGUUCCAAAAACAAAAAAAUAACAGUUAUGUGAUGAUUUUAUUAAAAAGAAUCUUCAUAAUAUACAAUCAUGGCAAGGAAGUCUUGAAAUAUUUAUGUAACUACUCAAAGCAUUCAUGUACCAUCUGAGAUGACUGUCCGUGCAGCCAUUUCAUCAAACACAUAGCGUGCAGCCUCAACAUCGAGAGAAGAAUUUCAUAUACACUAAACUACAGCGUGACAGACCCUGAACGGAGUUUUUAGAUUUCAAGAAACUAAACAUCCAAAGCGUUAUUGCAGAAAUCACCUUAACAUCAGCGCUUCAACCAAUCAAAUGUGGCCACAGCCGAGAACUCCGGGAUUUCUCAACUCACAGCCUGAAAACAGCGAACUUUCUUCUAUCAACGUAGCAUUUGCCGAUUUGGCACUUGGCAGGAAAGAGCAGUGAAGAGGAUCCCUUUGUGCACCAUUUGGCAAAUGCUACGUGGAUCGUUUAGCAAAUGCCGAACGGGAGAACUGGACGGCGGCUCAUUUAGCAAAUGUUCCUUUGUGCAUAUUCAACGAAAAGGGCCUAUGUUUGUUAAGGAGUACUUAUUAAACUAAGAUCCCUUUGUUAUUUGUUAUUUCCAAUCAAUUAUUACUCCAUAA